AUGGCCCUCAGUAUCCGGCAGAUGAGGGUGCGAAGAAUCUCCGGAGACCCAGUCCAUGGGGUUGUGGUGCAAGGCCCUGUGGAUGGUCUGGCUACUGGCACCCCACUCUAUAGUGUGGCGGUGCAAGGCACUAUAGAUGGAAGGACUACUUGUAGACCAAGGGGUUGGAGGUUUGGUACCUGGAAUGUAGGCACGUUGACAGGAAGAAGUUUGGAAGUGGUGGAGGAGCUGCAGAGGAGAAUGGUUGACGUGGCUGCAUUACAGGAGAUCAGAUGGAAGGGGGAGGGUACAAGGUUUGUGGGGGCUAAAGGUGAAAGAUAUAAGUUGUGGUGGAAGGGGUAUGAUGGUACGGGAGGAGUUGGUGUGAUGGAAGGUAGAGGAGAAGAUGAUGAUGUUUCUGACGAGAUUGGGCAAGCGGGGUUGGAUGAGUUUGUGGUGUUGUUGGGUGAUUUGAAUGGUCAUGUGGGGGCGGAUGCAGACGGAUGUGAAAGUGUACAUGGGGGAUGGGGAUAUGGUAUACGGAAUGAGGAAGGGCGUAGAGUGUUGGAGUUGGCGGAUGCACAUAGCAUGGUGGUGGGGAAUACCUAA